GCCGUCACCUAUCGAGCAAAUGGCCGCUUUAUCCCACAGUCGUGAUGAUGUUGAUGAGACCAUGAGCAAUGUCGAUUUGCUGGAGCGAGACCGGAUUGAAGCUGGCGACGAAGACGCCAACAUGUGGGAGACUAGAAGCUGCCCACCAGAUCCACAGGAGACGCGAGACGAGCCGUCCAAACUCUUCAAGGACAAGGAAGACAUGCAAAAGUAUUUCAGCAAGGUCGUCAAAAAGAAGGUACUCUUCAAUCCAUCGUCGUGCCCCACCUUUGAUACGGCCUGGGAAGACGCUCACGGGAAGGGCUGGCCAGGCUCUGACACAGGCAGCGAGGAUUCGCACUUCCAUGACCCGGUGGCUCCCGCCGACCCGGUGGUUGCCGAGUUCUGUCGGAUGGUCUUGAAGAUUGUUGCCGAUGCCCAGCUUCACCGCCGAGCCCACACUCCUUGCUGCUUCAAGUAUGAACGGUACAAACGGGCGGCGCAGCGCAAAGGGAAAUGCCGGUUCUCGUUCCCUCGAGCGCUCAUUCGAUGCACCUACAUUGACAAGAAGACUCGCGUAAUCCACAUGCGUCGCCACCAUCGAUGGGUCAACGCGUUCAAUCCAUUCAUUGCCUACCUGCUGAAGUGCAAUCACGACAUUCGAUAUCUCGGACAAUCCACUGAUACAGCAU